UUAUGAUCUUAAAAUAAUUUAAUACUAUACGUUUUAGUUAAAUUUCAAAUAUUUUUAGGUGAAUCUUGUACACAUCAAAAACAGUAUUUCCAACAGUAUAACAUAGGGAAUAACAAAAAUGAUUCUUCACUACAUCGCCCAAUGGAAAAUAUAACUGAAAUGUUAAAUUGGAUUAAAAAAAAAAAAAGGCUAUUGUUUGAUGAGAUUUAUACAAACCAAGCAUCUAUAAGUGGUAUUCAAUCAAUGAGUGAUACUUACAGAGAUCCUCCAAAAGAAAAGUUCAACUGUGUAGGACUUCCAGACUCAUUUUACAACAGUACGCUGAAAAUAUUAGAGGAAUAUGUGAGAAAUAAAAAACAAAUAAAGAGUAAAUCAAACAAUAAUAAUACUUGGAUUAAUAAAGAAUUAAUGAGGUAUAUUUGUAAUUUAUUAAAAAUGUCACCAAAUGAAGUGGAUAAUCUUUCAGUGUCUUCAAACUCAAGUAUUCAAAUAGAACAAAGUAUUUUGGAAAUAUCCAAGUCAAACUUGGAGUAUCACAAAGACAUUUUAAAUUAUAUAUCUAUGUGCUUGGAUAGUAAUCUAUGCGAUAUCAAUCAAGACCAAGCUUUUAGUUCGCCUCAGUACAUUGGUCUUUUGGACAAGUUAUACAAGCUAGCUGAUUACUACACUGAAAAGGCGCAAGAAAUGCGAAACAUUUGCUUGGAAUCUCCAAGAGUUGAGAUUAAUGAUUUAAGCUCAGAGAAUGCUGUUGAACAAAUUUCAGAAGAAAAAUCAGGGGAUCAAAAAAAUUCCUGUACUAUAUCUUCAGAAUUACCUAUUGAUGGAGCAUAUGUCUUGGAUCAUUUAAGCACUCUAUUGGAACAAAGAGGGUUAAUUUGUGCAGAUGGAGAGUGGCCGAUUUUUGGAAAUGAUGAAGAUGAUAGUAGAAGCUUAACAGAUCAGCUUUUGGAUAUAAAACCACAAAUUAAAUCAGAAGAUAUAACAAACAAUAUUAAAGUGGAACUAUUUGAAAAUGGUAACUAUUAAUCUUUUAUCUAUAUAUGAAUAAUUCAUUGAACCUAUUUUCUUGAUCAUAAUUAUGUUUUUGGUAUUUUUAAUCAAUAUGAAAAUAGGCUAAUUUUAUUUAGCAAUAAAAUAAG